GGCACGGGAGGGGGGAUGGGCAGGAGGGGAAAGUGUAGGCGCAAGCGCGUGCCCGCGCGCGGUUGCCAUGGCGCCGUUUGACGUCACGGGCUCUGUGUUGCCCGUGCGUUGCGACGCGGUGAUUGGCGGAGACCCCGUGUGUGGCGCUUGGGUGAGCGAGAGCGAGGCUGCAGCGGAGCGAGCCGCGAUAUAGGCACAGUCCGCGCCGGUCACCCGCCUUAGAGACUCUCGUACCGUCGACCCUGCAGAGAAAUCAGCAUGGAUAAAAACGAGCUGGUGCAGAAAGCCAAACUGGCUGAGCAGGCUGAGAGAUAUGAUGACAUGGCAGCCUGCAUGAAGUCUGUGACUGAGCAAGGAGCAGAAUUGUCCAAUGAGGAGAGGAAUCUUCUCUCUGUCGCUUACAAAAAUGUUGUAGGAGCACGUAGGUCAUCCUGGAGGGUUGUCUCAAGUAUUGAACAAAAGACGGAAGGUGCUGAGAAAAAGCAGCAGAUGGCUCGAGAAUACAGAGAGAAAAUUGAGACUGAACUAAGGGAGAUCUGCAAUGAUGUGCUGUCUCUUUUGGAAAAGUUCUUGAUUCCGAAUGCUUCGCAAGCAGAAAGCAAAGUUUUCUAUUUGAAAAUGAAAGGAGAUUACUACCGUUACUUGGCUGAAGUUGCUGCUGGUGAUGACAAGAAAGGCAUAGUGGACCAGUCGCAACAGGCGUAUCAGGAAGCCUUUGAAAUCAGCAAAAAAGAGAUGCAGCCAACACAUCCUAUCAGAUUAGGUCUGGCUCUAAAUUUCUCCGUGUUCUAUUACGAGAUCCUGAAUUCUCCGGAGAAAGCCUGUUCCCUUGCAAAGACUGCUUUUGAUGAAGCCAUUGCUGAACUUGAUACGUUAAGCGAAGAGUCAUACAAAGACAGCACGCUAAUAAUGCAGUUACUGAGAGACAAUUUGACAUUGUGGACAUCGGACACCCAAGGAGAUGAAGCUGAAGCAGGAGAAGGAGGGGAGAAUUAACCAGCCUUCCAAUUUGUCUGCCUCAUUCUAAAAUUUACACAGUAGACCAUUUGUCAUUCAUGCUGUCCCACAAAUAGUUUUUGUUUACGAUUUAUGACAGGUUUAUGUUACUUCUAUUUGGAUUUCUAUAUUUCCCAUGUGGUUUUAUGUUUAAUAUUAGGGGAAUAGAGCCAGUUAACAUUUGGGGGAUUUUUGUUCAUCCAAGGUGGCCAAUAUAGGGAUGUGGAAUUUUUAUAAAAGUUUUACAUGUUUGGCGUAGUACUCUGGGUACUUUGUGGCUUCCCACAAAAGCCAACGUUAAACAGCUUCCUAUGUUGAGCAAAGAGAAUACUGCUUGCCUAUUGGUCUGUCACAGUGGUUAAAAAGGGAUGAUUGGUUGCAGCCACACAGGUGUAAUGUAUGUGGGUACUUCAAAGCUGGAACACAGAGGGCAAUAUUGUCCCAUGGAUGUUGCAUGUCAAUCAUGUGAAAUCUGUGGAAACUAUGGUCCAAGUAUACAUCUUUGAUUGCAGCUGAAAAGUGUUCCUUAAGGUGGUUUGCUAACCCACUGAAUUUUCUUUAGGGAAGGGCAGAAACGGUUCACAUUCCAUUACUUGUAAAGUUACCUGCUGUUGCUUUCAUUAUUUUUGCUACACAAUUUAUUUGUAUUUAAAUGGUUUAGGCAACCUAAGAACAAAUGUACAAGUAAAGAUGCAGUAAAAAUGAAAUGCUUGAUAUCCAUAAUUACACUGUAUAUCGAGCACAGCAGUAAAACAAAAACCCAUGUAUUUAACUUUUUUAGGGUUUUGCUUUUGUGAUUUUUUUUUGAUACUUUGCCUAACAUGCAUGUGCUGUAAAAAUAGUUAACAGGGAAAUAACUUGAGAUGAUGGCUAGCUUUGUUUAAUGUCUCCUGAAAAAUUUUCAUGAACAAUCUAAGCAUAACUGUUAAGAACAUGUGUAUUAAGUUGAUGUAAGUGGAAUAAAAGUUUUAUGAAUGGA